UGAAGGAGGUGUUGGGGUUAAUCUCACUGUUUGUAAAGGAGUGAAGGAAUGUGCAGGUCGGGCGCUGUGGUUGGCUCGUGUGGCGAGCCUAUAGGAACACAGCAGGUCCGAUGUAUAAUCUGCAAAGACAGACGAGUGGCAGUUUGUGCAACGCGUGCCACCUUUGAACACGCUUCUUCCUCAAAUAUAUAAUCCUUUGACAACCAGAGACAGAUAUCUGCUUGCACAAGUUGCAUAGAGCUAGAACUAGUGCUGUAGACUAAAACUUUGUUCACGUCCAAAAGGGAUAGGGCAGCUCUGCAGGACCUAUCAAAGGACCUUUCUUACACAGAUAAAUAAUACAUAAAUAAAUAAAUCAUUCCGACAACUUUAAGACAUGGCAGUCCGGACCUGUUACAUGCAAUUUCCAUCAUGGGGAUUCGAAUUACAGAAUGCUCGCCUGCCAGACACUUCGGAUUUUGAUCUUCAAGACUUCAGGGAUGCGGUUGAUAAUUUCAUUCCCGAUCAUCCUGCGUUAAUGCAGCCCUGCCUUGGCGGUAUUGACAUGCAGAUGUCCAGCUGCGAUGUGUCCGACUUUGAAGCCUGUAUCACUUCUCCUAUCCCCGCUCCACAGGACCAUCUCCUCCACAGGAACAUGUCAUACACGUCCCCUACACAUGUUCACCAUGACAAUGUGCAACCACUGGCUGAGCAAUACUGGAUGGACAUGGCAGAUCACAACCAGAAAGCGCUGGGGGAUGCUUUGGUGGUUAACAAUCAGCUGCACCUUACAUUGAACAGAAAACAAGAGGAGAUUGCUUCAUUGCAGGAAAGAAAUGUCAAACUGAAGGAACUUGCGAACCAAGCCAAGCAUUUGGCUUCAGUACUUGAUAAACUUAUCACGCAAUCUAAAAAUACCAACGAAACAACUGUCGAAGAUUUUCCACCCAAGACUGGCAUGAAAAGACAGAGGCUGGAAGACUUGUACGAGCCCGUCCCAGACAGUAAAGCUGUGGAUGAUAUGUUAAGAGACAUUACAGAUACAUGUCAUGCAGCUUUACAACGCAACGCUAAGCAUCCAAAAUUGCAGCAUGAAAUGGGAAACUCAACUCAAAGCACGGAAACUAUAAAUAUGUAUGGCGCCUUCAAUGGACUACAGACCUGUACCACGCGUAGCUCAGUCACCCUGAGCGGCAGUGACAUGGAUGACGGAAUGUUCUUUAGAACCUCGAUAAGAGACCACUGCACAAUCAAAACUCUGGCUUUUCCUCAGGGGAAUGCAUUCACCACAAAGAAACCUUGUGGAGGCUAUAAAUUCCGAUGGGUUCCAAACUAGACUGGAAUUUCAGCUAACUACACUGACCAGAUUAUAUAAUGCAAUAUAUAUAUAUAUAUAUAUAUAUAUAUAUAUAUAUAUAUAUAUAUACUGUAUAUAUUGCAUUAUACUUUGCACUGCCGCACUUAGGAACCUCUCAAACUGGUUGUAUACAUAGUAGGUUAGUCCUUUAAAUGUCAUGUUAGAAAAAAAAAGUGUUAAUUACGUUAUUAUAGUAUAGACAAAAGUAUGGAUAAAAAAAUCUACAUAAUGUAUUUUUAUGUAUUUAUUUAUAUGCAGUUACACCCUUGUGUUUUUUUUUCACAACAACCAACCAUUCUAAAAUGAUUUGUAGAAAAAGAGUAUUUAUUUAAAUUAAGUUGCUGCUGUUAGACAGACAAGGACCCCACUGGUUAAAAAUGUAUUUAUUUGCUUAGACUUUGAAGGAUGCAACCACUGUUGUUCAGCUGUCAUACCUGAAUGUGUUUACAUGAUGAAGGAAUUCACUUUUUUAUAUUUGUUUUAUAUAAACAUGUUUAUUUUUUUUUAAAAAUAAUUUUGUAUAUAAAGAAGUUUAUUACGGUUUUAUUAAUAAAAAAAAAAGUUUAAACAUG